GUGAUUUUAGGAUACGAGUUCUUCCUUGUGCGGUCAGUGGGACGACGCUCAGAAAUGGGCACCUUGCAAAUCAUCCCGUCCUGCCCUUGUACAGCCAGCAUUCACUUGCAGUGUGUCAUGAUUUCUUUGCAUAAUCCUUGCUCUCGAGCUAUUGUGAUUCACAGGAGGCACGUGCGUGACACAUUAUUAUAGUUAACGUGAAAUGUGAUGAGCAGGGGAGCGGAAAAGGUCACUGCCCGCCCCUCGAUGUUUUUGUCAUAUGGUUUGCAAGAGUAAAGCUUGGGAAGGAAAACGCUUGUGCUUCAAUGCCAUUAGGACUUUGUCUCUGGUCUAGAUUGCUCCUGUAGCUAGAAACACCAUUAUCUGCCUCUGGCGUGAUGUUAAGGUGACUUUCUCAUGUGGGUUUUCCAGCUGAUGUUUGCUCAGGGCAUAAAGAGGAAUGGAGUUGAUAGAAAAGCGACAUGAAUGCUUUAUACAUGGGGGAGUUCUGGAAUUUCCAGACGGGGACGUCUGAAUGUGCGUUUAGAAACCAUUACCUGUCUGUCCUGCAGUGCCGAGCUCCCCAGCCACGCUGGAGUGAUGCUUUUCAGCCUGAAGCCUUGGCUGUCAACGCAAAUUGUUCCUGUCGCAUGCAGGAUGUUUGAGCGUAGAAUUAAAUGCCUUGCUCCUCACACCAUCUGCAGUUUGACCAUCUUUUUCUCAAUUCUAGAUAGUGACAAGGCGUCACCAAGUUGUUGAGGGCAGAAAAAGGUGGCUUGUUUUUUCUUUUUUCAAGUAAGACCAAUCCUUUAAGUCCCUGUUUGUCACAUGUAAACUUUGUAUGUGCAGGAAACACUCAAUAUCGUUGCAGCCCACGAUGUGGCGAGUCCUUUUUCCUGCGCUGUUCCGUUCCGUGACGUGUGUAGAUACGGUGGGCACGUUUAUCUUCCAGUUACAUGAAGCAGCUGCGAAAUCGAAUUGGCGAAACAUUAUUUUUGGACCGGCCAAGUGAUGCGCUCGAGAGCGUUUUGUGACGCAGCCGUUGUGCUCUCAGUCUGUUUUGUCUCCAGUCAUGAGCACCUACGAGCUGGGCGAACGUGCAGCUGCCAAAGUCAUUGCCCGUUUCACACAGGGAACAGGAAAGUCCAAGAAGGGAGCAUGGACCAGCCCAGCGGGAGGAGUUUCAUGCAAGUUCUUUGUGAAAAAUACAGCCCUGAGAACUUCCCGUAUCGCCGUGGACCUGGUAUGGGGGUGCACGUCCCCGCCACCCCCCAGGGUUCGCCUAUGAAAGAUCGGCUCAACCUGCCCAGCGUGCUGGUGCUGAACAGCUGCGGCAUAACCUGCGCGGGCGAUGAGAACGAGAUCGCUGCCUUCUGUGCUCACGUGUCCGAGCUCGACCUUUCUGACAACAAACUGGAAGAUUGGCACGAGGUCAGUAAAAUUGUGUCCAACGUUCCCCACUUGGAGUUUCUAAACCUGAGUUCCAACCCUCUCAGUUUGUCCGUUUUAGAGCGAAGGUGCGCUGGGUCUUUCGCCGGUGUUCGCAAACUCGUGCUCAACAACAGCAAAGCUUCCUGGGAAACGGUCCACACGAUCCUGCAGGAGUUACCAGACUUGGAGGAGCUCUUCCUGUGCCUUAAUGACUACAAAACAGUGUCUUGUUCUCCGGUUUGCUGUCAGUCUCUCAAGUUACUCCACAUAACCGACAAUAAUCUUCAAGACUGGACUGAAAUUCGGAAACUGGGAAUUAUGUUUCCAUCACUGGACACGCUUAUCCUGGCCAACAACAACCUCACGACCAUUGAAGAGUCAGAAGAUUCCCUAGCGAGGCUGUUCCCCAACCUGCGAUCCAUCAAUUUGCACAAGUCAGGUCUGCAUUGCUGGGAAGACAUUGACAAGUUAAAUUCUUUUCCCAAGCUGGAGGAAGUGAAACUGCUGGGAAUCCCUUUGCUGCAGUCCUACACCACCGAGGAGCGCAGGAAGCUGCUAAUAGCCAGGUUGCCGUCUAUCGUCAAGCUCAACGGAAGCAUCGUUGCCGAUGGGGAGCGGGAGGACUCGGAGCGGUUCUUCAUCCGAUAUUACAUGGAGUUCCCCGAGGAGGAGGUCCCGUUCAGGUACCACGAGCUGGUCACCAAGUACGGGAAGCUGGAGCCCUUGGCCGUUGUGGAUCUUCGGCCGCAGAGCAGCGCGAAGGUGGAGGUUCACUUCCAGGAUAAGGUGGAAGAGAUGUCGAUCCGGCUCGACCAGACUGUGGCAGAACUGAAGAAGCACUUAAAAACUGUAGUGCAGUUGUCAACGAGCAACAUGCUGCUCUUCUACUUGGACCAGGAAGCUCCUUUUGGUCCUGAGGAGCUGAAAUCCAGCUCGCGAGCGCUGCAUUCCUACGGCAUUCGGGAUGGAGAUAAAAUUUACGUGGAGCCCAGAAUGAAAUAGCCUCUUUCGAGCCUGUGAGUGCACGCGCGUGCACACCCCUUCCCCCACACACAUGCAUUAAGGAGUUUUUGCAAGGUUUUUCUUUCGGUCGGUUGGUUGAGGUUUGGUUGCGUUUCUGUAGCAGGUGAUUUCGUAGCCCGGAGGGAGAACCAUGCCCGCCAUCCACUGCAGGUGGCCUUGAGGUGACAAUUGACUUCGCCGCGUGUGUUUCAGUGUGUGCAAUACCUUGAUGUUUUUUUCGAUGCUCCGGUAUACUCGUGAUUUGGCAUGAAAGGUCAGUUGCUCAAGCUAAAGAAUGCCAGGGUCCAUAGGGCAGAAGAUAGCUCGGUGCCAAAUUUGAUCUGUUUUCUUUCUCUCUCUCUGUUUUUGAGGUUUUGGCCUGGCUAUCUUACUGCAGCUCGAGCUUGCUCAAGUGUUUUUUUGCAACUGGGUGCUGUCUCAACCUUUUGUUGCGCUCGAGUUCACUGUAAAGAUCUAAACCAGUAUUCCGCUUGAUUCAGAGCUCAGGUACUUAGUGCAUCCACUGAACUCCACUGGUUUGGUUUGUAGGAGUGCACAAAAUGGGGGAAGGAGAGAGACCUUAUUAGAAAGAGACCAUUUAUUUUUAAAACGUGCGCUCUAUAUCCUUUUCUGAUUUGUGGGAAAAGUUGCCGUUUCUGUACUCGUCUCAGCCGGUGUAGCACUGGCAGUCUGGAGGCGAAGGGCCCCUUGCUGUGCGUGUCACCGAGUGAAUUUUGGAAAGCAGUGGAUGGGCAUUGCGUUGGAAGGGUGUUUAGAGCCGCAGGUCCAAAGGGGUUGAAGACCAGAUUCCCCCAUUGCCCAUGUAUCAUCCCUGUGAUGCUGAGGAGAUCAUCCCAUAGGCACUUAACGUGUACCAGUUAGUGCUGGAAGCAGAACGGCUCAAAUCACUCUCCUGGAAGAGAGAAUAAAGUUGAGAAGAGGAGACUGAGGGGUGACUCAUUCUUGGGGAUCAAGAUGGAAAGGGGGAGUGUCAGGAGGAUGGAGCCAGGCUCUUGUGGGUGACAACCAGUGACAGGACAAGGGGCAAUGGGUGCAAACUGGAACACAGGAGGUUCCAGUGAAAGAGGAGAAGCAACUUGUUGGGGGUGAGGGUGCCAGAGCCUGGCCCAGGCUGCCCAGGGGGUUGUGGAGUCUCCUUCUGUGCAGACAUUCCAACCCGCCUGGACACCUUCCUGUGUAACCUCAUCUGGGUGUUCCUGCUCCAUGGGGGGAUUGCACUGGAUGAGCUUUCCAGGGCCCUUCAACCCCUGACAUUCUGGGAUGAAGUUUGUGUUUAUUGCACCAGAAAUAUAACCAAGCACUUUCCCCAGGGUCCUGGCUCCCUGCUUAGGGUCCAAACGUGUUGGAGAACGUGUUGACUCGGAGCAGUUCCCGCAAGAUGAGUUACAAAGCAACUGGACUUAGUGUAAAGCAGGUUUUCACUAUCUAUAUUAUCUUCUCCCCACACGCACCUUGUAGGAAUCGCGUGCCGCUGCUUAAAAUAGCCCCCGUUUUCUACUGAUUCCUUUGCGAUGAAACCCUCCUUCCUUUAUACCUCUUGUUUCACUUUCCUGCAUCCUCCCUUGCUCCUCUGUCCUCCCGACACGUUGAAGACUUUGCAGAAUUCCUACUUAGAAGCAGCCGCAUCAAAGUUUUCGAAGCUGCGCAGUGAGGGCUCUGGUUACACGUGAACUUCUGACCUUGAUUUUGCAAUGCUCCCUUAUCCCCACGUGCACUUUCUUGCCCUGGAUGCUUUUGUCCACAUCCCCGAGCUCCUUUUCUAUUCUUGGAGUGGUGUGUUUCUCUUCAUAUUUUAUCUAGAUGGCGGGGUGGGUUAGGAUGGGAAGGGGAUGAAGUAUUAACUCAUAUUCUUCAGGUUCAGGAUGUGGGGAUUGUUCGGAGGGGAGUAGUUCUGCAUCCGGAGUAAGGAUUAAAAAUGGGAGGAUUUAAGACAAGUCAGUAAUUUGUGCCUCAUCCCCCUGCCAAAAAUGUCAGCGUCCUGGCGCCGUUGAGAUGAGCGAUGGGAAACGGAGCCAGAACUCUUAAGCCAACACUUCUGUAUGAUAUAUACAUACGUAUGCAUAGGAAAAGUUGUGUUUAAUAAGAUAUUUUGUUAUAAAGCGAACAAAGUUUUAUGAAGAUAUGGUUGUUUAAUAUUUGAAGCCUAUUUCUCCCCUUGCCCUCCAGCUGCGCUGCGACAGGUCAGCGACCGAUGGGGAUGCAAAUUAUCUCUGACCUAAAUCUGUAGAGCAGUAAUUGCCUGUGUGGGUGUAUUUAUGGCAUUGAGAUGCUGUAACUAUUGACCAGCUUCCUCAGCACAAUUCAAUGUCUCGCUUUCAGAGGAGGAAAUAAACCAAGACCAUUAAAGAACUGAAUGGGGUGUUAAAGAAGACCCGAGUACAUAUUUUUUGCACCACUUGAAGGUUGUUUCUGGACGUCACGCUCAAGGUGUUCUCAAGCUCCCAUGGGCUGGAAACCAAAAACCUUGGUCAGCCUCCCAGGGAGAAAGAGUCACGUCCAAAAACCGGAUGCGUCCAGGCGAUAGACUUUGAAAAGCAGGGCUAAAUGGUGCACAGUAGAUGUGGCAAAACAUCCCAAGCUGGCUUGUUUUCCUCCAGCAAAACCUUUUGGGAAAGGGUCUUGUGUGCGUGCCGUGUCACCGGUGGACAGGGCGGGUUUGGCCUGGGAAUCCGGGAAGGUCCUGGGAGGGUUUGGUGUAAAUCGAUGCGGUGCCACGAGGGGCUGCGUCCCGGUGUUACCAACAUACACCCGCGCUAGUCACCUUCUCUGGGUCUGUCGCGUUCCUUGGAGGAAACAGAAUAACUUUGCAAGCUUUUGGGUCAUUUUGUCAAGAACACUUUGUUUUUUAGUGCUAGUUCACACAUAGAAUUCUGCACAGCAGGCAAAGCACCCGGUUCAGACGGACCGGGCCGACAGCUCUAUACCAAAGUGUGCUCAGAUUAGAUGCGUUUUUGGACACGUUCCUAUCGAAUAUCCACAUUUUGAGCAGAUAUUUCAGGCCCAUCGCUUAACCGGCGAUAUUAUAAAUAUGUGACCGUCCUCUGCUCCCUGGGGUGGGAUUUGUAGCCACAUCUGCUGGGAUUUACGCGCAGAUGACGGUGCGGCCCGCGGUUGCUCGGAGGAACCUCACCUAAUGGUGCUUGUUGCUUCUGGCGUUAGUUUUGCCCUAAGCGGCUCUGCAAUAAGAACCUCGCUUGCCGGUUUUGCUCGUAAAUGAGAUUCUCUAGAUUCUGCUCGUCUGCGGAUUUGAAAAUGCAAAAAGAAAGCAGCCCAGAGGCUAAAAUAUAUAUUCCUGCCUCAUUUCAAUGUGGCGCUUGUGCGGGCGGGAGAGACGCCUCCCCAGGGCAGCGUUAGAGGGGACUCAGCCACUUCGGGCCUUCGCCUCUGUGAUUGCUUUUCCGCAGUUACUGGAAGCUUCAAAUAUAAUUGAAACAUGAAGAUCUAUUCUCGCUCUCUGUUAAUGUAAUUUUAAAGGAAAAAGGAAUAACUGUAAGCCCGCCUCAUUUUUUAUUCUCGUCCGUCUCGCGGGGAACAUACUUUCCGCUCCCACAAUUUGCCUUCGGUUUGCUUGCAGACUUAGCAGUUGGAAUUCAGGCCAAAUAGGUAAUAGGUUUGGAUCGGUUCAAUAAACUUCUGUAAGUUUUUACACGGAAAAAA